CUGCAACGCGUGUUUCCUGUGUGCCUGACCGCCAACACGCCUCCCUAAAACCUACGUCAUAAGACACACCUACGUCACAUUAAAAACGGGAAAACAAAGGAGCCUAUAAAUCCCGAAGUGAAAUGAAUUCAGAGCUAUUACAAUUUCGAUUUUUGUGUUAAAGGUACUAAUAAAAUAAAGUUUGUUAAAAAAAGGUUGCAUAAUUCCAAUACGUUAAAUAUUAAUCUGUGGUAACGCACAAACAACGGUUGAGUUUUUUUAAUUCGGCCAGUGCUCCAAAAUCGUGCGGACGCUGCGCGCGCUGGCUGUCCGAUAGUGUCCCGCGCCAGCUCGCGUUAUAUAAUAAACAAAAAAGAAAAGCACGGUUUUUAUUUAGCUUUUAGUGUUCAGUGAUAUUGUGAGUUGUUGACUUUUAAUUUGACGAAUUGUUUUAAUUUGAAUGCGAGUCCCAUAGCUGAUCAAGAUGGAUAAGCCUACUAUGCAUAUGUUGGAUGUGCAAGAGAAAGGGGGACAGACAAGAAAAGUCAAUCAGUAUAUAGCUGCCGUAGCAGCUGCGAUAGCGGCCGUCGCUGGAGGAACAAUCCUAGCAUGGACAUCACCAGCCCUACCUCAGCUGGAACCAUACCAGAACGUGACAGCAGUCAACGGCUCGGUCUCAAACUCCACAGCCAAUGUAACGGGCCCAGUCUUACCAGAGAAUUACACAGGCUUGGUCAACUCCUUAGGACAACCCGCUGAAUUCAUUUUGGACACCACGCAAAGUUCCCUCGUAUCUUCGAUCCUAGCCAUUGGAGCAGCGAUCAGUGCUCUACCAGUCGGUGUGCUAGCUAACAAAAUCGGCAGAAGACCGACCGUGCUCAUCCUCUCUAUACCAUUCCUCCUCAACUGGCUGCUCACGAUCUUCGCCAAUGGAGCUGGUAUGCUCAUUGCUGCGAGGUUCUUCGCUGGAUUGGCUACUGGUGGUGCUUGUGUGGCAGCUCCAAUGUACAUCGGUGAGAUAGCAGAGACGUCCAUCCGAGGGUCUUUGGGAGCCUUCUUCCAGCUGUUCCUGACUGUCGGUAUCCUCUUCACCUUCGUGGUCGGUGGCUGCACACAUUGGAGAACCCUCUCCAUCAUUUCGGCUGUCUUCCCUGUCCUCCUGGUUGCUGUUUUCUGGUGGAUGCCGGAAACCCCUCAGUACCUUCUCGGUAAGAACAGACGACGUGAUGCGGAGAAGUCCCUACGUUGGCUGCGAGGACCUGACGCUGACCUUACUGCUGAAUUGGAAGAUAUGCAGAAAGAUGUCGACGAUGCAUCUCGUCAACGAGCUGGAGCGCUAAGCAUGUUAACGAACAAGGCACCUCGCAUGGCCCUCAUCUGUGGUCUGGGCCUCAUGUUCUUCCAGCAGUUCAGUGGAAUCAACGCCGUCAUCUUCUACACCAACAACAUCUUCCACUCUGCGGGAUCCAACAUCUCGCCCGUCAUCGCCACCAUCAUUGUUGGAGUCGUUCAGACCAUUGCUACCUACCUAUCUUCAGUGUUCGUUGACAAGGCUGGCCGUAGGAUCCUGCUCCUCCAAAGUACUAGCAUCAUGGGUCUCUGCCUCAUCAUCCUUGGUAUCUACUUCAAGAUGCAGAAAGAUGGCUACAACGUCAGUUCCUUCGGCUGGAUUCCUCUAGUUUGUUUAAUCCUCUUCAUCGUGUCUUUCUCCAUGGGUUUCGGUCCCAUUCCUUGGAUGAUGAUGGCUGAACUCUUCCCCGUGGAGUACCGCGGUACGGCCACCGGUAUUACGGUCAUUAUUAACUGGAUGCUGGUCUUCGUGGUCACUCUUUGCUUCCCCAUCAUGCAAGUGGCUAUCGGCAUUUACAGUUGCUUCUGGUUCUUUGCCGGUUUCAUGAUCCUUGGUACCAUUUUCGUCUUCUUCCUCAUCCCUGAGACCAAGGGUAAGACUGUUUCCCAGAUCCAAGCCAUUUUGGCCGGCAAGAACUAUUAAAUUAAGACUAGAUUUUAUGUAAUCAACCAAAUAUGUAUAUACAAUGUUCAAUCUAUCUUGCCUUAUCCAAAGUUUGUUUUAUAAGUGUGAGUAGGAUAAGAAUAUGUACAAAUAGUAAAGAGUGAGUGAGAUAGACAAUUUGAUAAGCACUUUAGUAAGGCCAAGAUAUUUUGUACAAACUUUAGAGUAAGUGUAAGAGUGAUUUUGGAAGCUGCCUUAAUUCAAAGCAAUAAGGGUGAUUUUUGUAGUGAAUUAAUUGUAUGUAAAAAUCAUGCCAUGCAAUUGAGUAGUAUAUUUAUAUAAAUGUGAUAAUAAAAAUGAUUUAGAAUAUUGAAUGAUGCAAAGAACAAAAUGUACAUUUUGAUAAUAUUUAUGUAGAUUGUUAGAUUAGUUAGAUAUGGGUACAUGACAAAAUUUAUAAUAUUUAUUUGUUUUUUAUAAUAUAAUAUGUUGUGUUAAUGUAGUUCCAAUAAUUUUCAUUUUAUUAAUAAUUUUUAAUACUUUAGGGACACAGCAAUUUAAUUGUGAUGAACAAAUCGAACAAAUUAUUAUAUAUUUACUUAAUAUUACAAAUAAAUUGUCAUGUUAAUUUAAUUUAUUUAUUUAUUUGUUAUUGUUAUUCAUAUUUUAGAUUUUAUUGUUAUAAACUUUUAGCUGGCCUAAUAGUUUAUUUUUAGACAAAUGUUACCUAAUAUUUUUGUUUUAUAAAUUAAUUUGUAACUAUAUAAUUAAGGAUAAUACAAUUAAGUGCCAAAAAAUAUUUUGUAAUACGUAGCUACCUAGCCACGCUGAUCAUUUGUUGAAAAAAACUUUUAAUUUGUAUGCGAUAAAAUAUUUUAAUGGAUGCUAAAUAUUAUGUAAUUAAAUAAUGAAAACUGCCAAGAAUG